CAACAAAUAGCAUGCAGCUAGUUUGCCUUGUGCAUGACGCCCGAAGCGCCUGCAGAGAUGUUCUGCGCUGCUGAGGAGAGAAGGUCGCGGGUCCGGACCAUGGUUGCUCAACAGUCCAACUACGAUAUGAUUUAUGCCAUAUGCCCUACUUCACUCGGCCCCAGCGCUACGUCCACGGGUGCUAACACCGUGAGGAGUUGCAGGCGCCUACGCUGGCCCAUUCAAGGCUCGUGAGACAUUGAUGGCUGUUAAGCUGCGGCGUCUGUUUGGGGAGAUCGCUGAAACGACAGCAAAGCAGGAGCUUGCAUGGAGCCGCCGGCCAAUCCCCCAUAGCAUGCGAUCGCCCGCUGCUAAUGGGCCUUGCCGAUUUCUCCAACCAUGCGAUGCCGGCUCGACAGCAACUGAUGCUAGGUACGCUCGUACGGUACUUGCGAAAUUGACUCGCCAUCCAAUGAAGUCAGGGGCCGGCUUAUCCACCUCGCCGGGACUAUCCUUGUGGCCUACGGAGCCUCGGAGCUACCAAGGCAGUGUCCCACCCAGCUUUCGGAGACUACAUAGUUCGGGCCUAGGUUUGCCGAGCCGUUGCUCCGUGUCCCUUCCUGGCGGUGUUUCACGACCGAGCUCUCUCCCGCCAAUGUGUUGUUUGCAGUCUACCUUUGUUGCCUAUUGUUGCUGUACGGACCUUCUCCCAUAACUUAUCCCAGCUGUGAUGGACAUGAACCGAGUGAGGGGAAGCUUCCCCGCAUUGGCUGGAGAUCAAUUAAAAGUGUACUUUGAUAAUGCUGGUGGAAGCCAAACCUUGGGGACAGUGGUUGAACGGUAUUGAGUCCUAGUAUUGUGUCGGGAUCCUCAGUUUCCGUUGACUGCAUCUCAGCAUCCGAGAUUACCUGUUGAACACCAACGUCCAGCUCGGUGCCAGCUACACAACGAGUAAGCAGUCUACCGACCGUUACAACGAGGGUUACGCUGCGGCGGCGGCCUACAUUGGCGCAUCGCGGGAU